GCGCCGGGAGAGGAAGGCCUGGGUGAGUGCAGAGCAGGACGCCUAGAGGAGCGGCGGGGGAGCUGGCUGAACCCCUGGGAGCGGAAGCGGGCUGAGGCCGAGAGAGGAAGCCGGGGCCAGAAAGGUGCGCGGAGCGGAAGAGGGUCGCGCGGAGCGGAAGCGAGACCGCAGAAGGGAGAGAUUAAAGAUAAUUACAGGUUUCUUUUUCUAAUAUAUGAAGGAUAGUAUGCAGAGCAAAAUUGGCCAGUAGAGAGGAGAAGAGAGGACAGAAUUAACCAGAUCAAAGAAGCAGUACCAGUGGAAGCAGGCUCACAUUAUUGUCUUUUACAGAAACAAGAUCACAGUCUUCCUUUGGAAAGAAAUGGCAAAAAGUCUUUUGACUUCAUCUCUGUCUACAAGGACAAAACUGUUACAAACAGGAGUGUCACUUUAUAAUACUUCUCAUGGCUUCCAUGAGGAAGAAGUAAAAAAGCUACUGGAGCAGUUCCCAGGGGGAUCCAUUGACCUUCAGAAGAAGCAGAAUGGCAUCGGCAUUCUCACUCUCAACAACCCCAGUAAACUGAAUGCCUUCUCAGGUGUCAUGAUGCUACAACUUUUGGAAAAAGUUAUUGAAUUGGAAAAUUGGACAGAAGGGAAAGGUAUCAUUGUCCAUGGAGCAAAAAAUACUUUUUGUUCAGGAUCUGAUCUGAAUGCUGUGAAAUCUCUCUCCACUCCAGAGGAUGGAGUGGCCUUAUCUAUGUUCAUGCAAAAUACUUUAACAAGAUUUACAAGACUACCCCUUAUAAGCGUUGCACUGAUUCAAGGCUGGGCAAUGGGUGGAGGAGCAGAAUUGACUACAGCCUGCGAUUUCAGGCUAAUGACUCUGGAGAGUGAGAUCAGAUUCGUUCACAAGGAGAUGGGUAUAGUUCCAAGCUGGGGUGGAGCCAGCCGGCUGGUUGAAAUCAUUGGCAGUAGACAAGCUCUCAAAGUGUUAACUGGGGCUCUCAAACUGGAUUCUAAGAAAGCUUUGAACAUGGGCAUGGUUGACGAGGUCUUGCAGUCUUCAGAAGAAGCUAAGUCUCUAGAAGAGGCACAAGAGUGGCUAGUGCAGUUUGUCAACGGGCCUCCGGAAGUCAUCAGAGGUUUAAAAAAAUCUGUUUGUUCAGGCAAAGAACUAUAUUUAGAAGAGGCAUUACAGAAUGAAAGAGAUCUUUUAGGAACACUGUGGGGUGGCCCCGCAAAUUUAGAGGCUCUUGCUAAGAAAGGAAAGCAUAUUAAAUAGUUUUUAAGUGUGGCUGAUUACAAGCUGCCAUGGCUAACACACAUGGAGUUGGAGGACACCAAGCACAAGCAGGACGAUUGCUCCAAAGCGCACUAAUACGGUGUUUGCUUCUGGUGAUUUUUUUUUAAGUAACUCGUUGGUCUAGCUUCUUUCUUUUUAACCAACAUUUGCUUAAAAAUUACUUGUAUCAAUUCCUACAUCUCUAUAGUAGUUCUUAGCCUAUGACCAAAGGUCUACUUUUAAAAUGAAAACUUUCUACCUAUCUCUGGGUUUACUUUUUCUAAAUAUGCUGAUUUUUUUUCUUUUCCUUUUUUCUUUUUUAAAUACUAAGUCUCAUAGAGCGACUGGCAUUAAAUUUGCUGUGUAGCCAAGGGGACCCUGAACUCAUCUUCCUACUGUGACCUCCACAUGCUGGAAUUACAGGUCACAGUACAAAGCCUAGCAGUUUUUCUUUUUUAAAUGGAAGUAGUUUACCAAAAAUAAUAAAUACAAACAAAAACACCUUGAUAACCCUUUCAAAUAAAGCAAAAAGCAGAGAAAGGUGAGAGAAGUAAACAAAAAGGAUGACUGUUGUCAUGUACUGUCCUGAACACUAGGGGGUAGGAGUCAGUGGGCAAUGGACCUUCAGUAAAAGAUGGACCACCCUCCUAUGAAUCUGGAGUUUUAUUUAGUUGAUCUUUUUGGUGAUUUUCUAUUUGAAAUGACCUACCAGUCAAAAUCAUAUAUAGAGCUGGUUACACAGAGUCACCAUUCAUUUGUGCUCCCUAGAAUUCCCAAGCUAGUAAGAAACAGUGCUGUUGAUAGGGUUUUAAAGAUUCAGGAAGCAUCCUAAACAAAUUUGCCUAUUUUUUUCCAUUUUUUCCAGCAGACUUGUUUUUCUGAACAGCUAAUUUUUCUUCAUGUGUGAUUAGCUAUUUUAAUAGUCAAUUUAAUAGAAAUGCAUAACCCAGAAUUUAUGAUCAUCCCAGUAUUUACUUUAAAAAUAGGUCUUAGAAUUAAGUUCUAACCCUAACCCAUCUCAACAAAAGUUUGUUAAAGACACUUUCAAAGUAAUGACUGUUUUUUACUGUUGUUUUAUUUGGCCAUUCAAUUCACAUAAUAAAGAUAACUUGGAAAUGCUUUGCAACAUGAUCCUACUGUUUUAAGAAAAUAUAGUAAGACAGAAUGACGUUUUUUUCCAGAGACGAAUUCUUGAUUCCAUGUUUACGAAACACUUCCUACCUUACCAAGACAUUUUCGUGCCUAAUAAAAAUAGACUGAUCUGAUCUGUAGAAUUUUUGUGUAAAUUUGGGUUUACUAAUACUGCUUUUAAGUAAAUUUUCUGUGUAACCUAGGUUGUAAUACCACUGACAGAGACUGGCAAGGAAAAUGCAAAAUUAAUGGAAUCAUCUAUUUCAGAAAUUUCAAGUCUUACAACCUUUAGGUCUAUUUCAACAUCUACCUAUUCCAUGUCCACUGCCCAUAGCUUCUUUUUAAAUAUUCUCUAUGAAGAAGUCAAACUUCUGAGUGGGUGAUUAUUUAAGCCGAAUAUAAUCAAGCAAACAACCACCUUUUUAAUUGCCUUUGGUCACUAAGAUCCAAGUAUUUCCAUCCCUUUUCCAAACUCAAACAAGAGACAAUUUCUGAUAAACUCUAGUAUUUAUUAAAUUAUAAAUUUUUAAAUCAUAAAGAAAAAUAUGUAGGUUAAGAGAAACCUCGAACUACAAGGAUAAGACAGCAAAGCCUGUGGGAAGGAACACUGUGCAGCGUUAAAAAUCAGAAACUGAAGUUACUGGCUUGCUUCGCAUUUCUAGUUCAAUAGCUGUUCAUCUAUUGUGAAAUCCCAAAUUCACUUCUAUUUCCACAUUAAGCUUCCUGCCCAUGAUAUCAAGUAUCUCACAAGUGCCAAUUUUUAGUAAGGAUUUUAUACCAAUCCAUGCAGAAAAAUAAGGUAGUGCAAGAGUCAGAUGAAGACCAUUAAUGCAGAGACACACACUGGCCAAGGGAACUAAAAA